GACAACUCGUACUUCUUUUCUGUCUGGUAUUGCCUUGCCUUGCUUUGCGGUUGUUGAGUCUUUUACGAACUGCCCAGCUCUAUGUCUCUAUAUAUCCCACGAGUGCAUAUGCUCACGACCAUGGCCAAAAUCAACACGGCAUCCGCGUCCGUCCCUGCGCUGCCCUCAGCCCUGCCGCAAGAAGAGGCCGAACAGUGUUGCAAUAUCUGUAAUGAGGAGUUCGGGGUUCCGCGCGCAGAUGGCUCGACCGAAGUUGCUUCUAUCUUGCCCUGUUCGCAUAUCUUCGGCAGCAUCUGCAUCUCGCGAGUACGUGUUCUCAGGGCGCAACUCCGCCAUCUGUCCCGCUUCCAAGCUCUCUCUCUUGAGCGGGAUCGAUCCAGGCGCUCGGAGACCAUCCUCUGGCGGCCCCAUACAUACGCCGCUGUCUUUGCUUAAGCCGGAUACUGACCUCCCUGCGCUCUUCUAGUGGCUAGAAACCGACUCGCGAUAC